AUGAUCGAUGUGGUCACUGAUACAUCGAGAGACUGGAACAAGGUCUGGUUGGAAUCGCCCGAACACGCCAAGAUGCUAGGAGAACUCGACAGUCUGAUCAACACCGUAUCCCGACAACGCUCAGUCACCGCCGAGAACGACAUUGAAUCGGAAUUUGCCACGCCUCUAUUGGAACAAAUCAAGGUCGUAACGAUCCGUGCCAGUAAAUCGAUGUGGCGCAACACACAAUAUGUCAACAACAAGUUCAUGCUGCACAUCAUCCUCGGCUUCUACACCGGAUUCUCCUUCUGGCAGCUUGGUCAGGGUGUGGGCGACCUCCAACUGCGCAUGUUCGCAAUGUUCAACUUCAUCUUCGUGGCUCCAGGAGUUAUCUCUCAAUUGCAGCCACUCUUCAUCGAGCGACGAGAUAUCUACGACGCCCGCGAGAAGAAGUCCAAGAUGUACAGCUGGAUCUCGUUCGUGGCGAGUCUGAUCAUUUCCGAGAUGCCUUACCUCAUGAUCUGCACUGUGUGCUUCUUCUUGCCCUUCUACUGGACGGUCGGACUGCCCGGAGAUUCGAACAAAGCUGGUGCAAUCUUCUUCGUCAUGCUCAUGUACGAGUUCAUCUACACCGGAAUUGGCCAGUUCGUUGCAGCGUACGCUCCUAAUGUGAUGUCUGCGGCGCUCGUCAACCCAAUCGUUCUCUUCACCCUGGUCGGCUUCUCUGGCAUCAUCCUGCCGUACUCGCAGAUGGUGGACUUCUGGAAAUAUUGGGUGUACUGGAUGAAUCCCUUCAAGUAUCUCAUCUCUUCCAUGUUGGUGUUCUCAAGCUGGGACAUCCAGGUGGAGUGCAAGGACAGCGAACUGGCAAUAUUUGACCCAGUGGGCAACCAGACUUGUGGUUCCUACCUAGAAUCCUACCUUCAGAACGUCGGCUCUGGCGCGAACCUACUGAACCCCGAUGCGACCGCUGGCUGCCAAGUAUGCCAGUACCGCGAGGGAAGCGAUUGGCUCAAGACACUGAACAUCAAGGACUACUACUAUGGGUGGCGCGAUGCCGCGAUCUGCGUCAUCUUCGUCAUUUCAAGUUAUGGGUUGGUGUUCCUCUUGAUGAAGCUGCGCACCAAGAAGACCAAGAAGGUCGAGUAG